AAGUUUUAUUCAUGUACAAUUUUUGUCAAACGAACAAGUAGAAUGUAAAAAUGCUGAAGUACAUCAAAAGGCAGACGAGCCGCCGACGCAGCUCUCACGAAACGGAUGCCAACGGCGUUGAUGAUGUGGUAGAUUGUGCGGCAGCGGCGCAAAAACGUCAUUCGUUGCGCUCAACAACAAGUUUCUGUGAUGAGGUCUUCAUGGAGGAGGAGACGGAGGCGGCGGCAGUGGCAACUUCGGAUGCAAUCAGCUUGGGCAACAACAGUUUGCUAAAUGUGGGCGCAGCUGCCGAUGAAGAUAUAUUCAAAUACUGCUCGCGUCUCUCCAUGACGCUAACUGCAAUCGUUAGCGAACCGGAUUGUCUGAGCUACUUUCUGCAGUAUUUGGAGACACAAAACGCGCUGCCGCUCAUCAAAUUCUAUUUGGACAUAGAAAACUUUAAACGCGCGGCAUUAACACAGCUGCACCAGGAGCGGCCACAGGAUGCAACGGUUGCGGUUACUGCUACAGUGGAGGCACCACAGCUUACGCAUGUUGCCGACGCAUCCAUUGAGGAGGAGGAAAACGAUGUACCUGAAAUGAAAACAUUGUGCGACUUGUCCAUGCGUAAGCCGCUCACCGACGACGAGAAGAGUCGCAUCUAUGCGGAGACAAACAAACAGAUCAAUCAUAAGCCACAAGCUGCGCCGAUUGGCCGACCCAAAGCAAGCUCGGAGCUACAGCCGAUAAGUGCGGCAAGCAUCAACGAUGCGAUUGCCAUUUACCAAAAGUAUUUGAUUGUUAAUGCGCCACUAUUGGUGGAGCUGCCCAUUGUAAUCUUGGCGCACAUAUCGCUGUUCUUGUGUGGCAAGGAGAGUGACAAGUCGACACAACAGCCCGUACCUGCCGGCUGUUUCGACGAGGCGCGCGACUAUGUGCUGCAACAGCUGGAGCGUGAUCAUUUGCAAGGCUUCCUGCAGAGCAGUUACUAUUGCACCUACUGCCUGGAGCUGAUCGAGGGCGAAGCGGCUACACUGAACAUUUACGACGUGCUGUACGAUGAGCUGGCGCUGUUCUAUCUGACCGAGUACCUGGAGCAGCAGCAGGAGCGCGAGUGCCUAGAAUUCUGGAUAACAGCGAUUAACUUUCGCAAGAGCUACGAUGAUCAGCGUGCCGCUCAGUCCGAUGCCAUGAUCAUUUACGAGCGCUACUUCUCGCUGCAGUCUGAGUGUCGUUUGUGGAUGUCGCAGAAGUUGCGUUUGCGCGUCGAACAGGCCAUCUGUGCGCCCGGUCAGCUGGCACAGGCCUUCGAUCUGGCGCUGCUGGUCACAGCCAAAUACCUGGAACAAAAGCACUUUGCCAACUUUCUCAAAUCGAACAUAUUCGACAACUAUGUCAACGAGCUGAAGGCCAAGACGUGCACACAUACGCCGGCGGACACCACAGAUAGCUCGAGUCUGCAGCACAAGCUGAGUCUGCGGCGCGCACCCAAAUUGUCUGCACAGCAGCGACAUCGCAAAACGAUGUCCAUGUCCGACUGCACGCACAUCUCGCAGCACAAUACACUAUUGGCUGGCCUGGAUACGGGUCACAAGCCUGUCAAAGCGUCGACAACAACAACGGCCGCCAACAUGAACAUCGAUUCCAGGCAGCUGACAAAUCCGCAGCUGCUUUGGCAACGUCCGGUGAGUGCGCUCAAAUUUGGGCACGUGAACUCACUGGGCAGAUACGAGCGGGACUUUGAGGCCGUAGAUGCCGUUUCGAACCACAAAGCGCCAGCCUGGUCGCUGAGCGUUAAGAACGCAAUGCGCAAAUUGGUAAAUCUGCCCGAGGAUAAUGUGCAGGAGGAGAUCGCCUGGCAGGUGGCCGAGAUGAUUGUUAAGGAUGUGACCAGCGUGACGCUGCAGAACAAACAUUAAUGGAACAAGCUAACAGCUUACGCAAUAUUUAUUUAGUUUAUAUACACAAACGAAACUAAUUUAUUUAUAAUUUGGCGCUCAAAUAUUUGAGGAAUCUCGCAUGCAAACAGUGUUGCAAAUGCAUCUAUUUUGAAAGAUUGCUAGCCACUUUUUUGAAGCGGCUGUUCGAAACACUGUUCAACAAGUGCACAAGUCGAACG